AUGGUUUCCUCAGGAAAGUGGCUUUUAGAACGUAGCGAUGGUUUUGUUGUAGAAAUUAAAGACCCUGAUGUCUCUGUUUUCUUUGGAAGGGAUAAAAAACUCCCACAGUCGCAGCGGAUAGAUGAUAAAUAUAUUUCACGACAUCAUUUUGUAGUAGAAUUGAAACCACCUUCUUUAUUUAUUAGGCAACUUGGAAAAAACCCGACAUUUUAUUCAAAAGAAUUCUUGCAGUUGCCACCUAGUUCUGAUACAAAGAAUAAAAACUUGGAAUUUCGUCCUUCUUGUGAUAAUCUUGAAAAGGUUGAUAAUGUUGUGGUAAGUGAAAAUAAUAUUGUUUUAGUUCCUUGUGAAGUUAAAGGAGAAUCUAAGUCUCUUACUGGUGGUAAAGAGAAGAAAUUGGAACCGUGUACACUUCAUUUUCCUGAAGAAUUAAGACUUCCUGAAUUUACUGUACGAUAUAUUGUUUCAAAUUUAAACAAAAAUGAAGAGACAACUCCUAAAGCUAUACCAAUUGUUCCUCUUAAUUAUCACAAUAAUAGUGAAGAUGAGGAUGAGGAUGAAAAAGAAAGUGGAGAAAAACUAGCAGCUGCUCGUAGUUGUCGUGGAAUAUUAGACGCCGUUCUGCAUGAACAAGAGCAAAAGGAAAAGGAAAAGGAAAAUUUAGAAAAGAAUCAGAAAGAAGAAGGUGGUGAUCAUAAUAAUAAUGAUAAUAAUAAUAAUCAAAAUAAUGGGGAAGAAGGGAUAGAAAGGGAGAAGAAAAUCCCACGUAUGGAAUAG